UCAGUGAACAGAAGGUGCUUCUGCAUGCACUGGCAGUAGCCCGCUGCAAGGGAUUGAACACUUCUCCAUUCAGGACACCGUACCCGGCUCCCAGCAUCACCUCUCAGCUACAGCCGAUCCAGAGCAAAGGGAAAACAUACCAGCAUUCAAGUGGGAAGAGACGUCGAACUGAAAAAAAAAAAAAAUUCUGGCAGUUCCCCUCUUUCUCUCUCUUUUUCUUAGCCUGCAACUGAAUAAAUAAUGUUCUGUCUCCAUGGAUUAAAGGCCAAUCGGGACAGUGGUCACUUCAAGUGAUGGGCGGUAAUUUGUGUUGACAGAUCAGCGGAGUGAUUCGCAAAAAGAGUUUUGAAGGCGUUUUUUCCCCUCUUCUCUAUCCCCCCUCUCUCUCUCUCUCUCUUCCUCUCGUCUCACGCUCCCUCUCUCGCUCUGAUCACCACGGCAGUCACUGCAGAGGAGCUGGAGAGAGAGGACAGUGCUUGUGCAUGCAGCCAGGGGAACUUGCACUUCCUACUAUUCCACAGAAAGCUACUCGGAUUCGUCAUCUUUCUGGGUCUUUUACACAAGGAGAACUAAGAAGGUGUAAGUUUGCCAGGGCUCAGCAAACAAGGGGGACUGAAUUUCUGUCACGGUGGUGUCUUUUUUUCUUUUAGAUUGGCACAUAAUUAGUGUCGGCACAAAGGGAGCAGCUGAAUAGAGGUUGUCUGCUUCUGGAAAGGGGUGAGUGAGAAUCCUUUCAUAUGAGAUCAGUUCACGAAGAACGCUAUUUACCCCCCUGUCCCUCUCCUCCUGCUCCCUGAUAUCUAAGAUGAAAAGAGAGUCUUGGCUUUUAUUCAUAGUUAUUUUAUGUUUGUUGUGGCAGAAUUUGUCUUUGCUAUAGAGACCCACAACUAUAACUACAACAAUAAGCGAUAAAGACCCCUGAUUAUUUCAGAAAAGGAAUUUACUAAAAAACACAAACAAACAGAAAAAAAAAACAAAAAAAAAAAAAAAACAAGAUGAUGUAGAAUUCGAAUGACUCAAUGGACUUUUGCUCCGGUACAUCCAGGGAUAUUCAUGCUAAUGGAUUUCCUUUUUGUGGGUCUGUAUCUGACGUGGCUGGUGAGGAAGCCCCCUGGAUUGAUACUGUGCUUUCUGGGAAUCUUUCUGAAAAUGUUGCCCGUGUCGGAGGGAGUCUGUCCGAGGCUGUGCCGCUGCGAUGGGAAGCUGCUGUAUUGCGAGGGGCUCAAUCUGACUGAAGUUCCUCACAACCUCAGCAGUGCUGUGGGUUUGUCCCUUCGGGAGAACGGCCUCUCUGAGCUGCGUGAGGGACAGUUUGCUGGCCUGACGCAGCUCACCUGGCUAUAUCUGGACCACAAUAGCAUAGAAUUGGUGGAGGAGAAUGCCUUUGAGAGACUGCGCAGGAUGAAGGAGGUCGACCUCAGUUCCAACAAAAUCGAGAGCCUGCCCAACACCACCUUCAGACCCAUGCCCAACCUACGCAUUCUGGAUCUAUCGCACAACAAGCUGCAGGCCCUGGAGCCGGACCUUUUCCACGGCCUACGGAAGCUCACAAAUUUACAUUUACGCUACAACGCCCUAAAGUUUGUCCCCGUGAGGAUCUUUCAGGACUGCCGGAGCAUGCAGUUCCUAGACUUGGGCCACAACCAGCUGCAAAGCCUGGCUCGCAACUCCUUUGCUGGAUUGUUUAAGCUCACCGAGCUGCACCUGGAGCACAAUGAGCUGGUGAAAGUUAACCUGGCCCACUUCCCCCGCCUCAUCUCCCUCCGCACGCUCUACAUGCAGCAUAACAAGGCCACCAUUGUGGUCAGCACCCUUGACUGGACUUGGUCUUUCUUGGAAAAGAUUGACUUCUCAGGCAAUGAGAUUGAGUACAUUGAACCUCACAUUUUCGAAAGUGUGCCUAACCUGAAAUCCCUACAGCUGGAUUCAAACAGGCUGACGUACAUUGACCAGAGGAUUCUAGACUCCUGGACGUCCCUGACCAGUAUAACCCUCUCGGAAAACAAGUGGGAGUGCAGCAGAAAUGUCUGUGCUUUGGCCUCCUGGCUCAGCACCUUCAAAGGCCAGCACGACAGCGCCUUGCUGUGCGCCAGCCCGGACAUUGCACAGGGUGAGGACGUCCUGGACGCCGUCUACGCUUUCCAGCUCUGUGAAGACCCUGUGGACAUCACCAUGCCGACGUACACCUUCACCAAGGACCGGCCCAGGGGUUACGGCUACAACGGACCCACCAGGAACCCUUACGAGCUGCAGGACAUGGAAGGUGGGGAGAUAGUGACCAGCUCGUUCACAGUGACAGAGCCUGGGGAAGACCACGAGAGCACCAUGCAGAUCCACAAGGUGGUGACGGGGACCAUGGCCCUGAUCUUCUCGUUCCUCAUCGUUCUGCUGAUGCUCUAUGUCUCCUGGAAGUGUUUCCCCGCCGGCGUGAGGCAGAUGAGGCAGUGCCUGAGCAGCCAGCGGCGCAAGCAGAAACAGAAACAGACCAUGCAGCAGAUGGCGGCCAUGUCCGCGCAGGAGUACUACGUUGACUACAAACCAAACCACAUGGAGGGCGCCCUGGUCAUCAUCAAUGAGUACGGAUCGUGCACCUGUCAGCAACAGCCGUCCCGGGAGUGCGAAGUGUGACGGCAUGGGGCUGGUGGGUGGGUUUGAAGAAAGAAAAUAAAACACACACACACACACACACACACACACACAUUUUGCACUGCUGUGCGGAAGACCGACGGAGACUGUGAACGUGGAUCUAAUGCUGAUUUCAGACUACAGCCGCUGAUACCAGCACCUGUUGACUUUCCAAACAAGAAGAGUGGCUUGUGAUGGAGGGGCUGGUCUCAAAAAUGGAAGGAUAUUUUAGCUUUAAUGUGUCUUUCUACUUCGGAUGUGAAAGUGUCGAAGGGACAUCGAAUCACCAUUUUUACUGGGGUCA